UGGUGGUGCCCGCUAGUGUACAUAAUCUUUGCGUCUCUUCGUUUUCUGCACAGCUGACAUUUGCUUAUUUAAAGGGAGGAAAAUGAAGACUGAAACCUUCCUAAAAAUGAGCAAAGAAGAUAACAACGCUGUGGUCGGUCACCAACCAGCAACAAAAGUUGGAGGACGUCGUAUUGCUGACCAUGGAAACCAAAGAGCUCAAAACUCUACAAACUCCUCAGAUGCAGUCCGUGAAGCUAUGGAUUUUGAUUUACCGGCAAAGAUGGAAAAAGCCUAUCCGACUGCCGCGGUAAAGCAGGUGCACGAAAAACCAACUCCGGCAAUUCAACCAGCUCACUAUAAUCGUGCAACCGGCAAUGGACAAGUGCGAAACAUUCCACAGAAACAAAAUCAUUAACUUUUUUUUCUAAAUUUGUACAAUUUUCAAUUUUAAACAACUUCCUGUAUUCUGAAUAUUUAAAAAUAAAAUUUAGAGAAUCUUAGAAA